AUGGCCCAGCUGCGAUACAGCACCUACGAUCGCGAACUCACUGCAAUCUACCUUGCGAAACUUGACAAAGCCUCGGACCGUCAAGCUCGCCAGUUAGAUGUGAUUGGACAGAUCACAACGGACAUCCGUCACAUUGUGGGAAAGGACAACAUCGUGGCUGACUUGCUCUCCCGCAUUAAUGUUAUACAUCCAGCGCUAUCACUGGAUUAUGAAGCACUUGCGGAAGACCAAAAAGACGAUCUGCAGCUCCAGAACAUCGCACAAGGUAAAAUCGAAAGGUCAAUGACGAAAUUAAACCUACGUUCGACAAUGCAGCGACAUGAUGGGAAUUAUUAUCGCGAGCGAAAGCGGGAGCUAGAAGAAUUGGACCGAAUAUGCAAUGAGCAACUUGCUAAUAUUGAUCUUGCCUCAUCGAACAUUCCAUGGCUGGAUCUCUUAGUAGAAAAUCAUCCAGCAGAAGUUCCAGAACUGUUGGCAGAUUACACUUCUUUUGCAUUCUCUUCUAGUGGUGAAGGUGUAUACGACAGUUUCAUCGAAUAUGUAGACGAGAGUGAAGUGGAAAAGGACGAUGAUUUAAGUUUUGUUCAUAAGCUUUCUUUUAAUGAUGCCCUCAGACAUCUAGCUAUUAUAAAUCGCCUGUCCCGUUUCACUAUUAGAGCUAUCCUUGCUAUAAUACGAAAACACUUUCAAGCUCCUGUUCCAAAAUCAUCACAAACAUUGAUGAAAACACCAAUUCAAGUUGGCAAGCAAAUUUUCCCAAUAAACGGUGGGCAAAUGUGGUACCACGGAAUACAAUCAGUGCUACAGAACUAUUUUGAGUAAGUAUGCUUACAUCCCUUGAGUGUAUGUUUAAUGUAAUAUUGAUUAUAAAAUUCUUGCUUGCUUAUAGGUAUAUUUGUCCAGAUGUAGAACAAAUCACAAUCGAUGUGUCAAUUGAUGGACUGCCACUAUUUAGGAAAAGUCGGAAAAAUUUA